AUGUCUCGCUUUACAAGUGAAGAUGAAGCUCUGUUACAGUCUAUGCUUAGACAGUUGCUGCAGAGUGUGAAGGAAAAAAUCACUGGAGCCCCGUCAGUAGAAUGUGCAGAAGAGAUUCUCUUGCAUUUGGAGGAAACAGAUGAGAAUUUUCACAACUAUGAGUUUGUGAAAUACCUUAGACAAUAUAUAAAUAAUACUGUGGGAUCUGUGAUUGAAGAAGAAACAGAAAAAUGUACUUCUACUCAAAGUCAGGGUGAAGUAUCUGGCUAUGACACGCUUGUCCAACAUGUUACUAAGAAGACACGUGAAUCAAAAGAAUACAAGGAAAUGAUACAUGCCUUGAAGAAUGUCAUGAUGGUUGUGGUAGAAUCGUUGAUUAACAAAUUUGAAGAAGAUCGGAUGCGUAAUAAGGAGCUGGAUAGUAAAACCAAGAAAGAACGUCAGAGUGGCUUUUAUACGGACAACUGUUCUGAUAGUGACUCCUCAUUCAACCAAAGCUACACGUUCAUGAGUCAAGAACAGUUGCAACUGCUUGUUGAAAGGCUUGACCCUGUUCAGCCUAAGGAAGUUCGCCAAGAAGCAUUGCAGGCACUGUGCUUUGCCCCUCCCUCUGAUAUACUGAACUCUGAGAGUUGGCCAAGUCUGCGUAAGCAUCUGACAAUGUCUCUGUCAGAUCCUGAUGCAACAUUCAGUGAGAAAAUUCUUAGAUUCUAUGCAAAAACCUUUUCUUCUUCUCCAUUUAAUAUGUCAAGAGACGUCUAUACAAGUUUAGCGAGACACUUGGAAUUGUACUUUCUUUCUGGAGAAUAUUCUCUUCGUAUUUCAGCUGGUCUGGAUGUAUCUAACACAGACAUAAAUCGUUUACUUAAAAAGGUCCGCCUUUUAAAUGAGUACCAAAAGGAAGCUCCCUCUUCCUGGAUUCGUCAUCCAGAAAAGUACAUGGAAGAAGUAGUGGAGAGUACCUUGUCACUUUUGUCAGUAAAACACGAGCCUAAUCAUCCUGCGUCUCCAGAUUUUUUGAGUCCAGUCUACUUCUUGGCGCUGCUAGAUAUCAAAGCAGUAUGGUUUAAAAAGUGGACACAUGCGUAUUACAGCAGAACAGUGGUACUUAGGCUUUUGGAAAAGAAAUAUAAAUCUUUGAUUAAUGCAGCUGUCCAGCAAUGUCUUGAUUAUUUUGAAUUUUGCAAGGCAGCAGUUAAUAAAAAUUCUGGAGUCAAUGACUUCUCCCAGCAGCAUUGUAGUGAUAAGCAGAACUUUUCUUACACUGGACAAGAAUUGCAGUACGUCUAUUUUGUUCAUUCACUGUGCCUUUUGGGAAGAUUGUUGAUCUAUAAGCAAGGCCGAAAUCUCUUUCCAGUACAGCUGAAAAAUAAAAAAGAUAGUGUAUCCAUAACUGAUCUGUUGGUAUUAUUUACUCAGCUUAUUUAUUAUUCUCCAAGCUACCCAAAGGCAGCUUUGGCAACACAUACAGACAAUUAUUCUCCAGCAAGUCUUGUUAUGGAGAUUCUGCAAGUUUUUUGUGAUCAAACAGGAUGUGCUGCUGAAUGUUUAUAUAAGGAUGCAGUGAUAGAUGCCCUACUUCAUCCUGUUCAAACUUUACUGAGUGGCACAGAGGUAUGUAUAAAUUGUCUUGAAACCACUUUAAUUCAUGUAGCUGAUAUUUUGGCAAGGAUUGCUGCUGUAGAAGAUGGUCUUUCUCUUCUUCUUUAUGGAGAAAAUGAAAAAACUGCCAGAGAAGAUAGUCCUGCAGCUGUUCAUGUAAUUGUUCAGUUUACAAAGAAACUUCUUCAUGACGACAUUUCUCUUUUAUCUGGAUCCGAGAUUUUGCCAGUUGUUAAAGGAGCUUUCAUUUUUGUAUGUCGUCAGAUGUACAAAACUUGUGAAGGCCUGCAGAUGCUAAUUCCUUAUGGCUUGCAUGAGUCUAUCGGAGAGGCCUGGAAAAAGACAAGUUUGCUUUCAGAAAGAGUACCCACUCCUGUGACCGGCAUGGACUCAACUUCUUCGAUAAGUCUAGAGUCCAAAAACACUGUGUUAUGGGAGGAGACUUUGUUAGAUGCCUUGCUAAAUUUUUCUGCCACACCGAAGGGACUAUUUCUGCUUCACAGUACAGGUGCUAUGAAUGACUGCGUGAACUUUAUGUUCAACAGUUUAUCAAAAAAACUCCAGAGAAAUGCAUGUGAAGAGUUUGGUAAUAGAGUGAUUGUUACACAAAUGGCAACAACACCGACAGGUGCAGUAGCUCUACAGAGUUCAGGUUUUAUAAAGGCACUUGUAACUGAAUUAUGGGCUCUUUUGGAGUGUGGAAAAGAUGAUGUGAGGGUAACCCAACCCAAAUCUACUCCAGUUGACCCUAUUGACCAAAGCUGUCAGAAGUCUUUUCUGUCUCUGAUAAACUUGCUCACUUACCCUGCAGUUUUUGAGCUCCUGAGUAAACAAGAUAUACCAAAUAAACCAAUGUAUUCACUCCGCGAAGUACCUACAGAUAUUAUUGAUAUCAUUGACAGGCUUAUAAUUUUGAAUUCAGAAGCUAAAAUUCAUUCCUUAUUCAGUUAUGAACAAUCACAUAUCUUUGGUCUGAGAGAUUUUAUAAUUGAUGGUCUGUCAGUGGAGAGGAACCAUGUUCUUGUAAGGAUAAAUCUGAUUGGAGGACCACAGGAAAGGAUUUUGCCUUUGAGAGUGCUAGAUAAGGGCAGUGAUCCAUAUCCUUGGCCAAUGUUUUCAUCAUUCCCUUUGCCAAACUGCUAUCUUGCAGAAAUUCCUAGGAAAGCUGAAUUCAGACAAGAUAAAGAUCUUGACAAACUCUUAUCACUCUUAAAAAGUCCAGAGAAGCAAGCUGGGUGGGGAGAAAUUUGUAGAAAACAGUUCUGCAAAGUGAUGAAAGCCAGGCCGGAUAUCAUCAGUGGAACAAUUUUGGCAGAAUUAAUUGAAAAGUUCGUGUCACAUCUUUCUGAAAGCCGAUCGGAUUGUUAUUUCAGCACGGGAAACUAUAACGCCACGGAUGCAGAUGUGAAGAAUGAAAGCCUUUCAUCUGUGCAACAACUUGGUAUUGAAAUGACUGUCAGAUAUGGAAAAUAUCUAAACUUGCUAAAGGAACAUGCUGAGAAUGGACUGUGCUUUGUGUUAAUGAAUUGUGAGAAAUUUCUGAAACAACAGCAAAGAACUGUGGUAUCACCACUUCGCUGCUUGCAGGAGCGCUAUGCUGGAUACGACUGGUUUGCGUCUUCCGUCUUCCUCAUAAUGUCAGGGGACGCGGAGAAGACACUGACAUUUCUUCAGCGAUUUUCACGGCUUCUUGUUUCAGCAUUUCUCUGGCUACCAAGACUGCAUAUAUCUAUGCACCUGCCUAUUACCACAGUGGAAUCUGGCAUCCAUCCAGUCUAUUUUUGCAGCGCUCACCACAUCGAAAUGUUGCUAAAAGCUGAGUUGCCACUUGUCUUUUCAGCCUUCCACAUGUCUGGUUUCACUUCAUCCCAGAUUUGUCUGCAAUGGAUAACUCAGUGUUUCUGGAAUUACAUGGACUGGAGUGAGAUCUGCCACUACAUUGCUAUAUGUAUCUUUCUGGGUCCCGAUUAUCAAAUAUAUAUGUGUAUUUCUGUGUUCAGACACUUACAGCAAGACAUCCUGAAGCACACCGAAGCCCAAGAUCUCCAGGUUUUUCUUAAAGAAGAAGCACUCCAUGGAUUUCGAGUGAGUGAUUAUUUAGAAUACAUGGAAAGCUUGGAGGCAAUCUACAGACCUAUGCUGCUGAAAGACAUGAGGAACAUAAGAGUGCAGAAUACAUAG